GGGCCGGGCAGGAGCGGUUUCCUUGACGUGGACGGUCAUUUCCGUAAAGAGACGAUGGAGCAAUAGCGGCGUGUCGAGUCCAAGCGAUCCCCGCAUUAACCUUAAAUCGAGACGGGGAUUUGGCCGUCAAUCCCAUUUGGGUUCACACGGGAGUCACACACAGACUGAUCUCUUUUUGCUCCCGCCCCGCCCCACCGCCUGCUCCUCCCCCCCCCCCCCCCCCACCCCCCCAGCUCAGCUACAAUCAUGAUAAAAGCCAUUUUAAUAUUCAACAACCACGGCAAGCCGAGGCUGUCCAAAUUCUACGAGCAUUACAGUGAAGACACGGAGCAGCAGAUCAUCAGGGAAACUUUCCAUUUGGUGUCCAAAAGAGAUGAGAAUGUCUGCAAUUUUCUAGAAGGAGGAAUGUUGAUCGGGGGAUCCGACUACAAGUUGAUCUACAGGCACUACGCCACGUUGUACUUUGUGUUCUGCGUGGAUUCCUCAGAGAGUGAACUAGGAAUUUUAGACUUAAUACAGGUAUUUGUGGAAACACUGGACAAAUGCUUUGAGAAUGUCUGCGAACUUGACCUCAUUUUCCAUGUAGACAAGGUUCACAACAUUCUGGCGGAGAUGGUGAUGGGGGGGAUGGUACUGGAGACCAACAUGAAUGAGAUCAUCACCCAGGUGGACGCCCAGAACAAGAUGGAGAAGUCAGAGGCUGGUAUUGCAGGAGCGCCGGCUCGUGCCGUAUCAGCGGUAAAAAACAUGAACCUCCCGGAAAUGCCCAGAAACAUCAACAUCGGUGACAUCAGCAUCAAAGUGCCAAAUUUGCCGUCCUUCAAAUAGCGGCACGCAGACGACCCGCCGCCUGGAGAUGUCAGCCAAUGUUUAAACACGAUGCAAUCUCUUUACCAAAACCUCUUACUAACUCUAGUUUGAUCAAAUAAUGGAAGUACUGCGUGAUUUAGAGAAAACAAAUCUUGGUUUAAAAAAGUUUUAUGCAUUUUGUGUUCUGUUUUUUUUCUGUUGCAAAAUCAAAAUAAAGUAUUUAUUUCUCCACGGUACAUUACUAACAUUACUAACCAAACAGCCCCCCCCCCCCCCCCCCCCCCCCCCCCCCCCCCCCCCCCCCCCCGGGAUGUUUAGCUGCUACUGUUCACAUCCAUCUCAGUCCAACUUAAGUUAUUUCACCAACUUGAGUGUUUACUUAAUUUGAAAUGAAGAUUGAUUGAAGUAUGUUGAAAGUAGUUCAUUCCAGACAAAUAUAAUUGACGGGACCAGUCGGGAUCAAUACAGUAUUGGAAAAGUUAUACUCUGUGGUGUGUGUGAAACCAAAUAAAAUGUGGAAGAAUAUUGUGACAUUGCUGAUAUGCUGUCUGAGAGAAUUAUGAUCAUAUAUUCUGAAUCUAUAUUUUCUAUCUGUUCAAAUAAUUAGCUUUCUGUGCAUGAAUAUUUUUCCUGCCUUUUCCUUUUACUACAUAAUAAACCGUUGAAACUCA